GUGAUUUUUUAGCAUCUGACAAGCCGGUCCAUGUUUUUUGUUUACAAGACUUAUUGUAUCGGACGAAAACGAAAAUCGAAUUUAUCUUAAAAAGCUCUCACAAUGAAAUUGUAUUGUCUCAGUGGCGAUCCAGCCAAGCCAUGCUACGUGAUAAGUUUCAAAGAAUUGCUCAUAAUGCUGGACUGUGGACUAACAGCCCAGACAAUUCUCAAUUUUUUGCCACUUCCGUUGGUGCACAGUCAAAAAUUUCAGUCGCUUCCCAAUUGGAUAUCACCACGUGAUCACGAUUCUCAAAUCGAUGGCGAAUUGAAGGAAUGUUGUGGACGAGUUUUCAUUGAUUCAUCGCCCGAAUUCAAUGCACCGUUGGAUAAAGUGAUUGAUUUCUCUGAAAUUGACAUCAUUUUGAUAUCAAACUACAUGAAUAUGUUAGCUUUACCGUACAUUACUGAGGGAACUGGAUUUAAUGGGACCGUUUACGCAACUGAACCAACUUUACAAAUCGGAAGGUUUUUCUUAGAGGAAUUGGUCGAUUACAUCGAAGUUGCGCCUAAAGCAAACGUUGCCACUCAAUGGAAGGAAAUGCAACAUUUGCUUCCACCACCACUUUGCGAUGCAUACAAGCCGAAAAGUUGGAAACACAUUUUUACGACAGAAGCGGUACAGAGCAGCUUGGCUAGGGUACAAAUUGCCGGCUACGAUGAAAAACUGGAUAUUUUCGGUGCUCUUGAAGUAACGCCAGUAAGUUCUGGUUUUUGUCUCGGAUCGAGUAAUUGGGUAUUGAGUUCUGGCCAUGAAAAAGUCGCAUACAUCAGCGGAUCGUCCACACUGACCACUCACCCGCGACCCAUAAAUCAGUCAGCACUAAAGUAUGCCGAUAUUGUCAUCAUGACUGGGCUCACACAAGCUCCUCAUUACAAUCCCGAUAGUAUGUUGGGUGAAUUGUGCAUGAAUGUUGCUAUGACUUUGAAAAACGGUGGCUCCGUUCUAAUUCCGUGUUAUCCGUCGGGAGUAGUCUACGAUUUGUUUGAAUGUUUGUCAACGAAUCUGGACAAUCAUGGCUUCUCACAAAUUCCGAUGUUCUUCAUUUCACCAGUGGCCGACAGUUCACUGGCCUACUCAAACAUUCUGGCCGAAUGGUUGAGUUCGUUAAAGCAAAACAAAGUUUACAUUCCAGAUGAACCGUUCCCCCAUGCAAGUCUGGUGAAAAACGCUCGACUCAAACAUUUCAAACACAUUUACUCGGAAGGAUUCAGCACCGAUUUUCGUCAGCCGUGUGUAGUGUUUUGCGGUCAUCCAAGUCUUCGAUUCGGUGAUGCUGUGCAUUUCAUCGAGCUGUGGGGCUCGAAUCCACUACACACAGUCAUUUUUACGGAGCCGGAUUUUCCAUAUCAUCAGGUACUGGCACCUUUCCAACCAUUGGCCAUGAAAGCAAUUUAUUGUCCCAUCGAGACAUCGCUCAAUUUUCAACAAGCAAAUAAAUUGCUUAAAGAUCUGAAACCUGGUAAUAUCGUUAUACCAGACAGUUAUACACAGCCGCCAGCGAUGGCUCCUCACAAAACCGAUUUGGUCAUUGAUCAGGGACAAGAACGUCCAUUGAUAACAUUCAAACAUGGCGAAGUAAUAAAGUUGCCAUUGAAACGGAAACGAAAUCGAGUGUUUUUAACGCCAGAAGUAGCUGCAACUAUUGUCCCGCGAGAAGUGAAACCUGGAGUGAAUCUUUCAACCCUUACCGGCUACCUUCAAGUCAAGGAUAAUCUUCACAAUAUAACGAUUGUAGACGAUGUUAAAGACGACACAAACAAGAGAACGAUACCGACGCGCGAGGAAUGCUUGAAGAAAACGAAAUACGAGUUCGGUCAGUUGGACGUGGAUUUGUUCUACAAGAAGUUGAUGCAAGAUGGGAUCACUGACGUGAAAAUGGAACAGAAUGGUCCGGGUUCGGUUACGAUAACAUUGACCGGCGAGGAUACAUCCAUAAAUAUCAGCGAACAAAAUACGCACAUCGUUUGCGGUGGCAAACAAAGUCUUCGAUUGAAAUUGCGUGAUUUGUUACUUCAGUGUGUUCAGAAGAUUUAAAUAAAAAUUUAGCGAUUGCAAGAAGUUGUUGUGGCAAUUCUACCUUGAAA